CGGAUGCUAAAAUAUUCCUGUCUUGGUAUCGCCUGAGCUUGUGAGUGUUGGUGUAGUUCUGUCUUGAUUAAUAUCAAUUUUAUCGCCAUCUACAGUGUAGAAACCAGCAAAUCAAUAUGUCUUCAGAUGAACCAACAUACGUAGCAUUUUUCGGUGUCAUGGGAGCAACUUCGGCUAUGGUUUUUAGUGCUCUCGGAGCUGCUUAUGGAACAGCGAAGAGUGGUACUGGCAUUGCAGCCAUGAGUGUGAUGCGACCGGAAUUGAUCAUGAAAUCUAUUAUUCCAGUCGUUAUGGCUGGUAUUAUUGCUAUUUAUGGCUUGGUCGUAGCCGUCCUUAUUGCUAACGGAUUAAAUUCAAAGUCUUACAAAUUGUUCAAGAGCUUUGUUGAUCUUGGUGCUGGAUUAAGUGUUGGCUUGAGUGGUCUUGCUGCAGGCUUUGCUAUUGGCAUUGUCGGAGAUGCCGGUGUUCGUGGCACUGCUCAGCAGCCAAGGUUGUUUGUUGGUAUGAUUCUCAUCCUUAUUUUUGCUGAAGUGUUGGGUCUCUACGGUCUCAUUGUUGCCCUCAUGUUGACCACAAGACCAUGAAAACAGUAUCUUAUGGACAGAAUAGUAUUUAAUGGGAUAAUGAGCUUGAUAAAGAACUGAAAAUCAAAAGAAAGAACUGAGACAGUGCCUUCUGAACAGAAGAUUUAACAACACAAUCUUAUUUGAACAUGAUUUUCAAAAAAUAUGACAUGUGAGUGAAAAAUACCUCUGAUUUUCAGUAUUAUAAACAAUUCCUUUUUAAUAGGUCAAUGCUUUGUAAGAAGCUCCUGUCAAAGUUGCAUGAGAAGUUAAAAUUGUGGGUCUCUGUUGCAAUUGUGGUAUUCAAAACUUUGUACUACAAUUUGGGUUACAGGUUACAGGAGUUUUUAUCAAGGGGAAGGAUUGUGAAAUUCGUUUGCCCAUGGAAACUAUUAUAUCAUGCAAAACUGAAUGCAGAUGAUCUUAGCUUUUUGGCAGGAACUUCUUUCACAAGCUUGUAACUUAUAUUAGCCCAGUGAUGAAUAAAUCAUUUGAUAUUUAAUGUUUUCUUUAUUUUAAAUUCAGUAAUUUAGAGUUCAUGUUUGUGAGAUAAAUUUCACGAGUCUCAGUUCUCUGGAAAAGCAAUGUUUUCUUUGUAGUAUUCCAAUUUGGUUAGAAAAUUUAUAACUGAA